UCCACUUUUCCGUCAAAACCUGAGCUCUGACUUGCACUAAGAUGAAAGAAGCCAAGUUACCCUCCUUUUCCAACUAUGGACUGCAAUGGUGUUUCAAGCAGUUAAGCAAGGAAGAGUUUCAGACAUUUAAGAAACUGCUCAUGGAAAAUGCUUCAGAACUGGCAAUGUGCUCCUUUCCAUGGGCUGAAGUGAACAAUGCCGGUGUGGAACAUCUCGCCACCCUCUUGCAUGAGCAUUACAAAGAAUCUCUUGCCUGGAAAAUAUCGAUCCACAUCUUUGACAAGAUGUACCUGCCCACACUCUCUGAGAAGGCAAGGGAAGAGAUGAAAAAAUAUUCACUGACUGAAAUACCAGAAAAUUCUACACGAAUGAAGAACGACCAAGAACCAAUCAUGAAAGAAGUGCCAGGAAUUCCACAAGCUCUAGAACAAGGUGGUGCCACAGCAGCAGAGACAAAAGAACAAGCCCUGUCCAGCUUGGGCCAUGGAGGUAACAUGGGGGACUACAAGGGCUAUGUGAUGACAAAAUUUGCUACAAAGUUGGAUGAAUACCCUGGUUUUCAGAAACUUGCCUCUCACUGUCCAGAAAUGCAAACGUUGCUUGCUGCUUUUGAUCCAGACCAGAGGGGCUUCCAGCCUCACACUGUGGUUUUGCACGGAAAAUCAGGAAUCGGGAAAUCCACUUUGGCUAGAAGGGUCCUGCUCUACUGGGCACGGGGUGAACUCUACCGGGGCAUGUUCUCCUACGUCUUCUUCCUCCGUGCCAGAGACAUGCAAUGCAUGAGGGAGGCCAGCUUUGCAGAGUUAAUUUCCAGAGAGUGGCCAGACUCCCAGGUUCCAAUGAUGGAGAUCAUGUCCCAACCAGAAAGGCUCUUGCUUCUCAUUGAUGGUUUCGAUGACCUGGACUUCGCCUUCCCAGACGAUGACACUAAUCUCUGUGAACACUGGGCGGACAAACAACCCACGUCUGUUGUGAUGUGUAGCCUGCUGAAGAAAGUCCUGCUCCCUGAGUCCUACCUGAUGAUCACCGUCAGAGACGCGGGCAUAGAGAAGCUCAAAUCUGUGCUCACGUCGCCCCGUUACUUGUUCGUUGGGGGCAUCUCCGUGGAGAAGAGGAUCCAGCUGCUCCUUCAUCACAUGAAGAACGAGCAUCAGAGGACGCAAAUCUUGCAUUCGGUGGUGGACAACCACCCCCUGUUUGACGAGUGCCAAGUCCCUGUCGUGGGGUCGAUCAUCUGCGAGGCUCUGAAUCUGCAGGAGGCAUCGGGAAAGAGCCUCCCCCCUACCUGCCAGACCCUCACGGGCUUGUAUGCCACUUUUGUGUUCCAUCAGCUCACUCCACGAGAUGCAUCCCAGCGCUGUCUCAACCAGGAAGAGAGAGCCGUCCUGAAGAGCCUGUGCCUCAUGGCUGUGCAGGGAGUGUGGAACAGAAGAUUUGUAUUUUAUGGAGAUGACCUCAGUGUUCACAGACUCCAGGAGUCUGAGCUCUCCGCUCUGUUUCACAUGAACAUUCUCCUCCAAGAUGGUGGCCACGGAAGGUGCUGCACCUUCCCACACGUCAGCCUCCAGGAGUUCUGUGCUGCUCUGUACUACGUUCUAGAAGGACUGGAAAUGGAGGGGAAUCCCUACCCCGUGUUGAUGGAGAGCCUGAGGACUUUGGUGGAGCUCAAAGAGAUCAACUCCAAUGCCCACCUGCUCCAGAUGAAGCGUUUCUUGUUUGGCCUCAUGAGCAAAGAGGUGACGGGGGCUUUGGAAGUCCUGCUGGGACGUCGUGUCCGCCUGGCCGUGAAGCAGAGGCUUCUGAGCUGGAUCUCUCUGCUGGGGCAACAGGCCAGCGCCCCCGCCCCACCAGACUUGCUGGACGCCUUCCACUGUCUUUUUGAGACUCAAGAUGAUGAGUUUGUUUGCUCGGCAUUGAACGGCUUCCGCGAAGUGUGGCUUCCGAUAAACCGCCGGAUGGACUUGAUGGUGUCCUCUUUCUGUCUGCAGCGCUGUCGGUAUUUGCAGAAAAUUCGGGUGGAUGUCCAUGAGAGCUUCUCGAAGGAUGAGUUCACUGACGCACAGACCCUCAUUCCCCAAGGGAUGCCCACGAGGACCCUUGCCCAUGAGUGCUGGGACAGUCUCUGCUUUGUGCUCGGCACCCACCCAAGCCUGCGCCAGCUCGACCUGAGUGGCAGCGUCCUGAACGAACGGGCCAUGAAGACCCUCUGCAUCAGCCUGAGGCAGCCAACAUGUAAAGUAGAGAGUCUGAUAUUUAAAGGGGCGCAGGUUACCCGGGGCCUUCGUCAUCUCUGGAUCACUCUCAUUACCAACCGUAAUAUUAAAUACCUGAACUUGGAGAGCACUCACCUGAAGGCUGCGGAUCUGACGAUGGCCUGCGAAGCGUUAAGACACCCCAACUGCUUACUAGAGUCUCUGAGGUUGGAUCACUGCGGGCUAACCCCUGCCUGUUGCCUGGUGAUCUCCCAGAUCCUUGUUACAUCCAUCAGCCUAAAAUUUCUCAGCCUGGUGGGAAAUGAGGUGGCAAACCAGGGCAUAAAGUCUCUCUGUGACACCUUGACAGCCUCACAGGGCACCCUGCAGAAGCUGGUACUGGGGAACUGCGGCCUCACAGCUGCCGGCUGCCAGGACCUGGCCUCAGCCCUCAUCAGCAACCAGAGUUUGACUCACCUGUGUCUGUCGAGCAACAGCCUGGGGAGCGAAGGCGUGAAUCUGUUGUGUCGAGCCAUGAAGUUCCCCAACUGUGGGCUACAGAGGCUGAUACUAAACGAAUGCGACCUGGAUGUCGCCGGCUGUGGCUUUCUUGCGUUUGCACUCAUGGGCAACAAGCACCUGACACAUCUGAGCCUUAGCAGGAACCCCGUGGCAGACGACGGGAUGAACCUUCUCUGCGAGGUCCUGAUGGAGCCAUCUUGUCACCUCCAGGACCUGGAAUUGGUGAAGUGUCAUCUCACCGCUGCCUGCUGCAAGAAACUGUCCUGUGUGGUCACGAGGAGCAGACACCUGAAGGGCCUGGAUCUGGCCGUGAACGUCCUGGGUGAUGAUGGCGUCGUAGCGCUGUGCGAGGGGCUGAAGCACAGGAGGGCUUCUCUGAGGAGGCUCGGGUUGGAGGCGUGUGGACUGACUUCUGGCUGCUGCGAGGCCCUCGCCUCGGCUCUCCUCCGCAGCCCGCGCCUGACCAGCCUGAAUCUGCUGCAGAACGACUUCAGCCCCACAGGAAUGAUGAGGCUGUGUCCGGCCUUCGCACAACCCACGUGCAGCCUACAAAUAAUCGGGUUGUACAAAUGGCAAUAUCCCACUCAAGUAAGGAGGCUGCUGAAGGAGGUCCAACAACUCAAGCCACAGAUCAUAAUUGAUGACAACUGGUAUUCUCACAAUGAAGAUGACCGGUACUGGUGGAAAAACUGAAAACAGGAAACUCCCCCCUCCCCCUCCCCACGCACUCUGACCGAGGAACAUAAAAGCAGUCUUCUGGGGCAAGCUGUCCCCAGGAGUUCCCUAUCAGAGAUGGAAUAUGAGCUCUGGUUCUCACAAAGCCCUCACUGGUGGCAAUUCUCAUGUGUCCAAUAUAACUUGGUUGUUGCAUUUGCCUCUGACAUAGGCUGUGACCUUCCAGUCCUAGGAUCUCCGUAUCUAUGAAAUGUCUGUCUGACCUCGAAGCAUAUAGAGAAAAUCAAAUAAAAUAAGCACUGAGAGCAUUUGGGGAAUAAGUACAAUGUGACCUUCUUGAACAGUGGGGAUAUGGUCCAAGAGA